UUUUCUUUUCGAUUGACCUAGGUUCUGGAGUAACAUGACCUCCAAAGUCGAGAACUCUUAUUAGGUGGUGGCUCUAAACUUGUAUUGGUAUUUAGUGGUAAAAUUAGUGAUUGGACAUUCCAGCAUCCCGAGUUAUCGGAGACGAAUUGAACAGGGGUUACGUUGGGGUGCACGGUGGAGAGUAGAGUUGCAACCAACGCGGGAAGGUCUGUUGUGUUUGGGAGGCCAUGGGAUGGAAGACAUUGGGUGUGGAGAUCCUGGUUCCAGAGGGUAGAUGGCCCUGUCCUCCGCACAUUAGGGUUUUAUGUCAGAGACAGACUUGCGGAAACCUCUACACUCGUCCCUUGCCUUGUCUGGGUGAUCUUUUCCCUGCCUUUCACUUGCUUCUCCUGCAUGUGGUCCGUUGCCAAGAUCUACUUCCAAUCAUUCCGUAGUUAUGGCCAAGAUCAAGGUGCUCGAGCUUCGCGCCCAGAGCAAGGAUGAACUACUUAUUCAGAUCCUCUUGCCAACAUUUCAGAAACUCUUUCACUGAGUUCUUGUCAGCUGGCCCGACGGAUGGCGUUGUAUUUAAAUGCGUCCCUAUGUUUGUCACAAUUCUGAGGCAACAAAUUCUUGGUUCUGUGAUUUAAUCACAGUUGAAGGAGUUGAAAGCAGAGCUGACCUUGCGUACUGCCGCCGAGGUCUCUGGAGGUGCUCCAAAUAACGUUUUUGAGAUUAGGUGCUAGCAGCCAAGGGAAGUUAUAGGAACAUGGCUACGAGCACCCGAAGUCCAGCGGGGAUGGUGGGGUUGAAAGCGUCCGCUGGGACGCAGCAGCUACAAAAGAGUAAUGGUUUUGCAGUAAAUGGUAUGCCUGCAACGACAAGCUCGUCUCAGCAGUCGAGAGAGGUUGCCUUCGACAGACGAACACAUAUGCUGCCUCUGGUUGUUGCCCUGAAUUGCCUGGAAGAUUGCCGACUUGAGGAAGAAGCACUUGCUGGCAUUGCAGAAGUUCGGCACGUAGGGUUGACGCAAGUCACAGAGGGAAGGAUCGAGACUGCGAUCGCCGUAUUGAUGACCUCUCUGGCAAAUCUGCCUGGCGCAGCCCAGAAGAGAUUGCAACCCUGGCAGCUCAUCCUGUGUUUAAGCUCUGUGGACAAGGCAGUGGACGCAGCAUUGGCUGCCGAGAUGGGUUUGCAAGUAAUUCAUGUUGAUAGUAAGCGCGUGGAAGAGGUGGCAGAUACCACCUUGGCUUUGAUGCUGGGGCUGUUGCGCCAUACUCAUGUUUUGGCUAGGAAAGGUCAUGCAAGUGCUGCGGGAUGGCUGGGAGCUUCUAAGUCUGUGUGUACAGGUAUGCAUCGCUGCAAAGGACUUGUGUUGGGGAUUAUAGGGGCAUCCGCAACCGCAUGCGCUGUCGCUGUUCGGAGCCUCGCAUUCCGGAUGCUGGUUAUAUAUUAUGAUCCAGAGAAUACAGAAGGUGAGCAAGUAAACAAGAGGCAGUUGCCUUUUGCUGCAAAGAAGGUUAAUAGCCUGAAAGAGCUGCUUGCUUCCAGUGACGUAAUAUCUCUUCAUUGUGCUCUCAGCAAUGAAACUGUGCAGCUCAUAAAUGCCGAAUUUCUUGAAUCGGUCAAACCAGGUGCAAUUCUUGUGAACACUAGCAGCAGCCACUUGCUGGAUGAUUGUGCAGUGAAGCAGGCAAUCAUAAAUGGUAAGCUAGCAGGCUGUGCAUUGGACGGCGUGGAAGGUCCUCACUGGCUGGAAGCAUGGGUCCGAGAAAUGGAAAACGUGCUGGUACUACCGCGUAGUGCUGAAUACAGUGAGGAGGUUUGGCUAGAAAUCCGAGCGAAAGCUUUAACUGUACUGCGUUCUUAUCUAGUCACAGGUGUGGUACCAAUGGACAUCACCUCUGAUGAUGAUGAGUACUAUGCAAAUUUCACUCAAGAACCCUGCCAGGAAACUUUGACGAAGACCCUGAUUGGGAAGGAGGAGUCCAGGCAUCAUGGUGAGGUAACGUCUGGAUCUGAGUACAGGGCUAGUUCGAUGGUUUUUCAGGCUCAGGAUCCACGCUCUCUUGGGCAGGAUUCAAGAAUUGACAGCUUUAAUCUAAAGCAACAGCACGAGGGACAUCAGAAUCAGGGCAGAGGAUCAGGAAAGAAGUCAAAAAAGCGGUCUGGACGGCGGAAGUCUCAACAUAAUAUGGAUUCUUUUCAAGUCCAAGAAAGAGAAACGGAUUGGAUUUCAACACCAAGAAAUGACCAGGGUGCUAGUGUGAGUGCUCGGGAUAACAGACCUAUCUCUGAUUCUCGAUUUGGUUCACCAGGAGAGGGCAACCUCAAGGCCAUAGUUGACACUCCAUCAAGUGGGCGAGAGCAGGUGACUAGUAUGGUGUCUAUGGGAUAUGCUAUAGAUCAACUGAAGGAGGGUUUCGUUGUAGCUUUGCAUGCAGUAUCAGGGGGUGGGUACUAUGUGGCUCGGCAACGUGGUCCUGGCCGAGGAUGGUGCUUAGAUAUUCUGUUUGAUGUGACACCCCGGGACCCUGCUUCUCAGUUCCUCGUUGUAGUACGCAACAGGGAUCGCAUUGGUCUUAGAUCCCUAGCAGCAGGUGGUAAACUCCUUCAGGCGAAUAAGAAGCUGGAGUUGGUGUUUGUCAACCAUACAUUUGAUGUGUGGGAAAGCUGGAUUGUAGAAGGACGUCAACUUGAUAACUGCAGUCUGACAAACAGCAGAUUUCGCUCGGUCACUUUGCAAGUAUCUAUGGAGAUUCUAGCAGCUGUAGGUGAGGAAGAUGGCAUUGCCCGCUGGCUGAGCUAAAUUCAGUUGGCGAAUUUAUUACUUCACUGACUUCAUUCACCAUACGCACCAACAUUCACCAAAUGCACUGACACAAUGCUUCCUCGUGCUUCAGUCAAUCAAGUGGGAUUGGAUUUACACUUUGAUGAUCAAUAGACUAAAAUGCUACCUAAAUUUGUCCUAAUUACUAGACCUUAGGAAUGGUUUGAUGUAUUCUUUUCUGAGGCCAGUGUGGUUAAACCCUGGUCUUCUUAAAGUUUAACCCCAAGCUAGGAUGAUAAGUGCCCUUUUCUGCAUUGGGAUGACCUGCUAUCAAAAUGAGAGUAUCUCUGCAAAUUGUUCAACGAAGACAAUGUCCAAGGUCUUACAGGAUGAUAUCAUGUCAAACCGCCUAAACCACCCUCCAGGAAACUUUACCAUUUACUAUGAAGGUUUUCUGUGGUGUGAACCACAGGAAAAGCUAAAGAUAUCCAAUCCUUGGAAGAAGUGGACAUGCUGAGUAUCGUUCAAUCUGCCCUUUGGAUGCAGUGUAACGAGAUCACUGCACCAGGCUUGGUUAAUGGGACAUUGGUAUGCAGCGUUCUUUGCCAGGGCUUUGCAAUAAUUCAUUGACUGGCUUAGUGGUGACGUAUGGCUCGUAGGCAGGCUUGCAGAAUUAGAAUGAUCAAUCACUUACUGUAUAAUGACUUGGCACUCUUGCAACAUUGAUGUAGAAUUACUGAUAGACUACAUGUGCUUUAACAACCACAAGGAACCAAUGGCACUUGGUCAGUAGUAGAAUAUAAUAGCUGUCCACGGACCUCAAUUAAAACAUAACAAAUUAUAGGUUGGACA